AUGAUAAGGGAAUAACGUUUACUGCAAGGUACAUUAGUGCAAGGUAAAGCCGGGCAAAGUCCGAUCAAGGAUAGCCCAAGGGUAUUCUGGUGGUUAUUGAACUAUGGUUAUAUUGAUGCCAUGAAGCUUAACUAUUUGAGGUGCAAUUUAAUGUCAAAAAGCAAAGUGACCAGAAGUCCACAUUUUCCCGGCUUUUCUGAGUCAACUAAGGCACUGGGGCAUGAACACAAAUACUAGUGAUACUGUAAUAAAGAUGCUUGAUGAGCCCUCAUUAGAAACACAGAAAAUAGGUGCAGGAGGAGGCCAUUCGGCCCUUUGAGCCAGCACCACCAUUCAUUGGCUUACGGCUUUAUUCUUUGGAGCGCAGAAGGUUAAGGGGGGACUUGAUAGAGGUUUUUUAAAUGAUGAGAGGGAUAGACAGAGUUGAUGUGGAAAAGCUUUUCCCACUGAGAGUAGGGAAGAUUCAAACAAGGGGACAUGACAUGAGAAUUAAGGGACUGAAGUUUAGGGGUAACAUGAGGGGGAACUUCUUUACUCAGAGAGUGGUAGCUGUGUGGAAUGAGCUUCCAGUGAAGGUGGUGGAGGCAGGUUCGUUUUUAUCAUUUAAAAAUAAAUUGGAUAGUUAUAUGGAUGGGAAGGGAAUGGAGGGUUAUGGUCUGAGCGCAGGUAUAUGGGACUAGGGGAGAUUAUGUGUUCGGCACGGACUAGAAGGGUCGAGAUGGCCUGUUUCCGUGCUGUAAUUGUUAUAUGGUUAUAUGGUUAUUGUGAUCAUGGCUGAUCGUCCCCUAUCAAUAACCCGUGCCUGCCUUCUCCCCAUAUCCCUUGACUCCACUAGCCCCUAGAGCUCUAUCUAACUCUCUCUUAAAUCCAUCCAGUGACUUGGCCUCCACUGCCCUCUGUGGCAGGGAAUUCCAUCAAUUCACAACUCUCUGGGUGAAAAAGUUUUUUCUCACCUCAGUCUUAAAUGACCUCCCCUUUAUUCUAAGACUGUGUGUGUGGCCCCUGGUUCUGGACUCGCCCAACGUUGGGAACAUUUUUUCUGCAAGGUAAGCUCAUUCCAAUCUCAUACCAUCAGUUGUAAGCAAUGAUCAGCGAUAGCAAUGUUUAGUAGUUAGAUUUUCUCUCCAUCCUUCCUCCACGCAAGGCGCACCAGCUUCUUGUUCUCACCCAGCAAACAGCUAACAAUGGCCUGUUUCCUUUAUCAUCGUUAUAUUUUAUUGCAUACCUUUCAUUCAUUUGUUCUCUAUCUCUCUACAUCACCGUCCAUAUCUCUCGUUUCCAUUUUCCGGUGACUCUCAGUCGGAAGAAGGAUCUUGACCCAUUCCUUCUCUCCAGAGGUGCUGCCUGUCCUGCUGAGUUACUCCAGCACUUCAGCUUAAACUAGCAUCCGCUGUUCCUUCCUACACAGUUCGAUAUUCAUGGCUUUUUGUUUGUUUUUCAGCACCUUCCUUUCCAGCAGUUUCUCUUGCACUCCUCCAGGGAUGUGAGGAAAUGUAACUUCAACUUAGUUUGUCGGGGAACAUUAACCUUUUCUCCUGUGGAGUUUUUCCCUUUGAUGUGACCUCGUUCUCGCUUAAACGACCAUACGUCUAUUAGAAGCUGACAAUUCAUUUUAAAAAUUAUUUCACUCUUGCGCCAUUACGUCCCAAGGUGAUCGUAUACACAGCUGGCCGACACAUGUUCCCUCUCUUGGCAGAGCAGAUCUUUCGUUUUAUUCCUCUCAGGAGGUCAAUUCCGUUGCACCCCAUUUGGCUUAAAUAAGCUGACCGCACAGCCCAGGAAUGAGACUUGAAUCAUGCUUCAUUUAAAGAGGCCACCUACUCAGUGAAUAAGGGCAUUUACAAAAGGAAAUAUAUGAAGCCUUAAAAAAUGACCCAUGCAUCAUGUCCAACACAUCCACAGUUUCUCUGGGGUCUAAUUUGGAAUGAAAUGUAAUGACACUCGGACUUUUCAGCAAAUAUUCAGCAGAGACAUAAAGAAAAGCAGCAUGUGCUGGUGCCAUUUAACAAUAAUGAUCAUCACUCAACAAUAGACAAUAGAUAAUAGAUACAGGAGUAGGCCAUUCGGCCCUUCGAGCCAGCACCGCCAUUCAAUAUGAUCAUGGCUGAUCAUCCAACUCAGUAUCCUGUACCUGCCUUCUCUCCAUACCCCCUGAUCCCUUUAGCCACAAGGGCCACAUCUAACUCCCUCUUAAAUAUAGCCAAUGAACUGUGGCCUCAACUACUUUCUGUGGCAGAGAAUUCCACCACUCUCUGUGUGAAAUAGAAAAUUCUCAUCUCGGACCUAAAAGACUUCCCCCUUAUCCUUCAACUGUGACCCCUUAUUCUGGACUUCCCCAACAUGGGGAACAAUCUUCCUGGUUCCUAUACCCAUCUUAAAAGCUAAUAUCUGCAUUACAGGAUGAUAUAAAUUGGUAAGCACAUCUCAGAAGCCAAUUGCACUUUAUAUCUCUGCAUUGUGUUAUAGGGUUAGCCAACCCAGAUAUCAGUUACCUUGUUUCAUCAGUACUGGAAGAUGGUCGGUCCGAAGACGCUGAAACCCAGGAGCAGAUGAUCCUUCUGUUUCUCUUCAUUAAAUACUGGGACGACUUUCACUCGGAGCUGACGGAUAUAAUUGGUGGACAACAAAUUGUUGUUGAACAUUUGGACCAAAUUCUUAACUUAAAUAAAGACGUUGUGAGGGAUUGCAUUCAACCUGUACUUCAUAAAGUCCUUGAUGAAUAUAUACAGCUGAGCAAGAAGCAGAGAAAAGUACAGACUGCUACCCACAUCAUCUAUGAUGCAGUUCAGACUAUCAUAUCAUGCAGUACGAAUCAUGACUUUCGAACCAAAUCUCUACAACUCCUGAAGGUCUCACACUCACAAGAAAUUAAAGUUUCACUUCAGAGUUUGCUUCAAAAUGUUUUGCAGAACAGGUUUCUCCCAAGCAGAGUUUGCAACAGAAAGCAGGUUCUUUCAGGAGAUGAUGUCCAAGCGGAGUGUAGCAAUAACUCAGCUGCGCUCAAAACCAGUCACGAGAAUCUGUGUGAGACAGACAACUUCCAGAGGAUUUACUCAGAGCUCGAAAGCUCCGUGUCAGAUUCGUCACUUAUUUCACUGGACGGGGAUAUCCCUUGUCACAGUAAUGAAUAUAUGACCCCAGAAACCACAAUCAGUUUUGAUCAAAGAACCAGGAAAAGACAACUGGAAACAAACACAACAGAUCUCUGUGUGAAUCAGUGCAGUAGACCUUCCAAACAGACAAUGAAUGGAGCUUGCCCACCAGCCAAGGAUAGAACAUGUUAGCAUGGACCAUGUCUCCUCAUUGAAAACAGACACACAGGUCUCAGCACCUGGUCUUACAAGAUCAACAACCUCCAGCGGUGAAAUGGCCACUCAGGAUCCGAACCGUAAAAAAACAACUGAAGAUCAGGAGGAUGACUUGUGGCUUCAGGAAGUCUGCAACUUAUCUGAAUGGACUCGAUGACUUUCACCCAAUGGGUUGUGAUGAAUGAAUCCUUGACGCUGUCAAAUCAACCAUGAUAGAAGCCAGCGUUAAUAGCUGCAGGAUUCAAUCAUCGUGCAGCACAAAGGUGAAGAAAUUCAACUGGAUUUUCCCCAUAUGGACAAUGUAAGAAGUUACAGAAUAAUCUUGUUUCCGUGUAACUGGUAAAAAAAAAUGUUUGGAUCUGGGACACAUUACAGAUGCCCAAAAUCUAUUUCCAAACUAAUCCAUGCAUCCUCUUGGAGACAGUUUAAAUAGCAGGAUAUUCCUCCCUAGAUAGUCGGGUUGCCGACUGUCCUGUAUUAGCCAGGACAUCCCAUAUAUUGGACUAAAUUGGUUUGUCCUGUACGGGACUGCCCUUGUCCUGUAUUUGACUGCUACUAUCGGGUCGAGGGGACUGUCGGGUCGUCCGGCCCCCGCCUCACCCGUCCCGACGUAGUGCAGCCCAUGGAGUGCAGCAGCAGCGCCUCGCCCGUGGCCCCGUCGGUCGGUCGGCAGCCCGGCCUAGCUGUCCGACCUUCAGACCUCCGCUUACCGCCGACACCACCACCACCCCUCCUUCUCACGGCCGAUCGUCGGUUCACGAGUUGGACAGGGCGCCGGACUUUGCGAGCGGCCCCUGGGGCCAAAACUCCUCAGCUGGCCCACCGGCUGGACUUUGUGUGCAGCC